AUGUCGAACGACUCGCUGAUCCGUCUCUGCCCCGACGAUUCGUUCGGACCCACGGUGGAUCUCAAGAUCUGUCGCGAUGGCUUCGAUUUCACAUUACUCUUUGAAGAGAGUAUCUUUGCCAUCCUCCCCGCUGCGCUGCUGCUAUGUGUCGCUCCGCUGCGGGUUUGGUCGAUAUGGCGGCGUCCAGACGCUGUGAAAUGGUCAUUGCUCCGGGUUGUGAAGCUUAUCACCAUUGUUGUUCUCUGUCUGCUAAAAUUAGCUCUCCUCGUCUUGUGGACGACCCCUGUCUACGCCGCGUUCCGCACGCGCGCAACCAUCGCAGCAGCAGCCCUAGAUCUAGCAGCCGCUGUCGCGAUAGGGCUUCUGUCCCCGCUGGAACAUUCAAAAUCACUUCGCCCUUCGUCUUUACUAAGUGUCUUCCUCCUCUUCACUACGAUUAUGGACUUUGCAAGGACGCGAACAGAAUGGCUUCUUCCCGGACUGUCCGUUAUCCCCGUUGUCUCCGUUACUGCGCUGCUUGUCAAGGCCCUGUUACUGGUCUUAGAGGCCCUUUCCAAAGCAAGCCAUACCCAGGUCCCGGAUAUCCCAGAACGCACGAGUGGAAUCUACAGCCGUAGUUUCUUCGCAUGGCUGAAUCCGUUGAUCUAUCGUGGCAACCGCUGCAAUCUGACUGUUCGGGACUUGUAUCCCAUUGAUGACUAUAUCACGGCUGCAUCUGUUGAUGAACGGGUUCAGAAGCAGUGGGAUUCUAGUGCUAAAGAUAAAAGCUACUCGCUUGCUUGGGCAAUUACUAAAGCGCUCUGGAUGCCCAUCACCGCGACUAUGAUUCCUCGUCUGGUUCUGAUUGCAUUUAGUAUAACUCAGCCAUUCUUGAUCGAGACUGCGAUUGAAUUUGUCGAUGCUGGAACAAAGCCAGAUCGAUAUGGCUAUGGACUGGUUGGAGCUUUUGGAAUCACGUAUCUUGGAAUUGCUGUCUCAACGGCAUGGUACGAGUAUUUCACUGCCCGAGCGCUUGCAAUGAUCCGCGCGGCUCUAAUCAGUCUGAUCUAUAAGACGAGCCUCGACAUCCCCGUCGGCACCGUGGAGGCAUCAUCUCCUAUAAGUUUGAUGGGCGCCGACAUUGAUCGUAUCGUAACGAGACUCCGAUGGGUAAUCAGUACAGCGCCAAAUAUUAUUCAAGUCGGCAUUGCUCUCUGGAUUCUGGAGACACGCCUGGGCCCAAUUUGUGUUGCGCCAGUCCCCGUUGUUUUGGCUUCGGCAUACGCAUCUAGUCAAGUCGCCAAGAAUAUCACGCCGCGCCAGCGACAAUGGAUGCAGGCGGUGCAGAAACGAGUCGCUUUGACCUCGGACGUCCUUGGCUCUAUGAAGGGCAUGAAAAUGCUUGGUCUCACCGACAUGAUCACUAGAAAUGUGCAAUGCAUGAGAGAAGAGGAACUGCACAAAUCUAAGCGAUUUCGACAGGUGCAGAUUGUUAACAUCACGCUGGGAAACGCUGCAAACAUGCUGUCUCCUGUCGUCACCUUUAUUGGAUAUGGCAUAAUCCUCAAGUUCUCGUCUACCAAAGCACCUACCGCCGCAACAGUCUUCUCGUCAAUGUCUCUGUUGUCAGUGCUGAUUAGCCCGGUGAAUGAACUCGUCGCGGCCAUUCCGAAUUUGAGCUCCGCGCUGGAGUGCUGCAGCCGCAUCCAAAACUAUGUGACAAACAAAAAACAGGUCGACUUCAGGACCUUGACCGGCGAGUGCGGACUCUCCAAUGUCGACGGAAGCAGUCCGAGCAUCAUUGAGUUUGAUCAGGUCAAUGCAGGUUGGUCUGUCGACAAGGUUGUUCUACGAGACCUCUCUGUGCGGAUUUAUCCAGGCACGCUAAAUAUCGUUCUCGGGGGUAUCGGUUGCGGCAAGUCCACUUUUCUGCAGACCCUGGUAGGUGAAGGGGUUCUGCUUGACGGCUCAGUGACUUUACCGACAGACGAUAUUGCAUAUUGCGCGCAGACACCAUUCCUGAUCAAUAGUAGCAUUCGACAGAACAUACUGGGUGACUCGGAGUAUGACCAGGAAUGGUAUGACUCUUGUCUACGGGCAUGUGCUCUUGAUAUCGAUGUCCGUCAUUUCCCCGAAGGCGACGAGAGCCCCGUGGGUACUAAAGGGAUUGCGCUGAGUGGAGGGCAAAAACAGCGAUUGGCAAUCGCUAGAGCUGUGUAUGCCCGGAAAAAGAUUGUCUUGAUGGAUGAUUGCCUCAGCGGGCUGGAUUUGGAAACGGAAAGACACUGUUUUCACCAGCUUCUAGCCCAAGAUGGGUUGAUACGGCAGACUGGUGCCACUGUCGUACUGGUCACUCAUGCUGUUAAAUGGCUCCCGUACUCAGACCAGAUCCUCGUUUUGAGUUCCGAAGGUCGCCUCCUGCAAUCUGGUUCAUUCCAGAAGCUCGUGGCGGUGCCCGGGUACGUUCAAGACCUCAACGUUGGGACCACUAAAAUCGAGGGCUCGAUUUCUGGCUCCGUACAGGAUCUCCAUCAGCAAAAUCCAGUUCUCUCAACGUCUGACAAGAGGAAGGACCAAGACGAGUCAACCGAGAAUCGUGGACGGCACGAUCUACAGAACUUGUCAUACUAUAUCAGCACGAUGGGUAAACCAGCUUUCGGGGUGUUUCUGUUUUUGGUCUCUCUGCAGGUUGCUUUUACAGCACUACAAUCGGUGUGGCUGAGUUGGUGGGUCGAUGCCAAUGAGAUGAGGCCAGGUGCCGACCUAGGUAAAUGGUUGUCUGUCUAUGCUUUGUUUGGAAUACUGGCGUUGGCUUUUCUUGGAAUCAGUGGAGGCACUGGUUCCAAACUCAGCGAAUACCUUGCAUUAUUCUAUCCUCAAAAGCACGAUGAGGGCACCUAUGUCUUUUAUCACGGCCACGGACUCGGGAUCUUUGUUGAAUCGAUUCACGCAAGACAUGACUUUAAUGGAUAUGCGAUUGCCAAUGUCUCUUUUACUCUCUACCAGCGGUACGUUGCCCUCCGUCUCUUCUCCCUCCGUCUUAUCCACUCUGAUCACCGAGGAUAUACAGGAUUAGGCAACAGCAUCGCCGGAGCAGCGCUUUCCUGCGUCUCCUCAGGUUAUAUGGCGGUGUGUCUACCAUUCCUUGGGAUAGCGCUCUACUAUCUUCAAAAGGUCUACCUCCAGACCUCUCGACAGAUGCGCCUCCUCGACCUUGAAGCCAUAUCUCCGCUCUACACGCAUCUUACCGAGACCUUAGAUGGAGCCCAUACUAUACGCGCAUUCAAAUGGAAGCGAUACGUUAUUGACCAGAAUUUCAGCCUACUCGAUCUUUCGCAGCGGCCGUUUUAUUUGCUUCUAUGUCUGCAGAGCUGGUUGAAUCUCGUGCUGGAUGUCUUUGUCACUUGCCUGGCCGUCAUCCUCAUUACCUUGGCUGUGACGCUGCGACAUUCGAUUAGUAGCAGUCUUCUCGGAGUUGCGAUGGUCAGUGUCGUGAAUUUUAGCCAAACACUGUCGUCUUUUGUGAGCUAUUGGACUGGUAUUGAGACUUCUCUGGGCGCUGUGGCGAGAACACGUCAAUUCGUUGCAAUUACACCAGCAGAAACAACCGAGGAGACCGUGGCCGUACCUGAAGAAUGGCCUACGGACUCUUCUAUAGACUUUAAGAACGUCUCGGCUUCAUAUCAGGCCGCCGGAUCGGAUGUCCUGAAGAAAAUCAACCUGACCAUCGAUGCUGGGCAGCGAGUCGCUAUCUGCGGCCGCACAGGCUCAGGCAAGUCAACACUGAUAUCACUUCUCCUACGUUUGCUAGACCCUAAAUCCGGCACCAUUUCCGUUGGACAUGACAACAUCUCGAGAAUUUCUCCGGAAACAGUCCGCGGGCAUAUUAACUCACUACCACAAGACCCAUGGUUUCUGCCAGGAGGAUCUGGAACAAUUCGCUCCAACCUGGACCCUCUGGGCGAAGCCACUGAACUCCAGAUCCAGGUUGCUUUGGAGAAGACCAGGUUGACAGAGCAGAUUCGGUCAAUGGGCGGACUUGAUGCAGAAAUGCGUGGUAAUCAUUUUUCCGCUGGACAGAGACAGCUUUUCUGUCUGGCGCGGGCGAUGAUGAUGCGGAGGAGUAGGAUUCUCUUGCUGGAUGAGGCAACGAGCAGCGUCGACGUUCGCACGGAAGAACUCAUGAUGUCUCUCUUGCGUACAGAGUUUCAGGGUUGGACUAUCGUCGCAAUCGUGCAUCGGCUUAACAGUAUCUUGGACUUUGAUCGCGUGCUCGUUCUGGAUCAGGGCCGGAUUGUCGAGUGUGAGAGGCCGGCGGUGCUUUUGGCAGAUAAGAACUCGGCAUUUGCGAGGUUAUAUCGGCAUGGUGGGUGGUCAUCUCCUGGGGAAGUCAACAUGCAAUCUUAG